CCUCCCUGGAGCUGCGAGCUGGGGCGCAGCGUGGGAAAGGAUGGUUGAGUUUUAACCCGGGGCAGAGCACGAGCGGGAUCAGUGUGUGCGGAACGCGAGCAGCGGAGCGCAGAGCGGCGCCGCCGUGGUUAACUCCUCCCUGCCCCUGUGCGGCCAGCAUGAAGCGAGCUCACGCCGAGUACAGCUCCUCCGACAGCGAGCUGGACGAGACCAUCGAGGUGGAGAAGGAGAGCGCGGACGAGAAUGGAAACUUAAGUUCGGCUCUAGGUUCCAUGUCCCCAACUACAUCUUCCCAGAUUUUGGCCAGGAAAAGACGGAGAGGCAUCAUUGAGAAGCGCCGACGAGACCGGAUCAAUAACAGUUUGUCUGAGCUGAGGAGGCUGGUGCCUAGUGCUUUUGAGAAGCAGGUAAUGGAGAAAGGUUCUGCUAAGCUAGAAAAAGCUGAGAUCUUGCAAAUGACGGUGGAUCACCUGAAAAUGCUGCACACUGCUGGAGGGAAAGGCUACUUUGACGCUCACGCCCUCGCUAUGGACUACCGGAGCUUGGGGUUCCGGGAAUGCCUGGCUGAAGUUGCCCGUUACCUGAGCAUGAUUGAAGGACUGGAUGCCUCCGAUCCGCUUAGGGUGCGACUGGUCUCGCAUCUUAACAACUAUGCCUCCCAGCGGGAAGCGGCGAGUGGCGCCCACGCAGGCCUCGGACACAUUGCCUGGGGAAGCGCCUUCGGACAUCACCCGCACAUCGCGCACCCGCUGUUACUAGCCCAGAACGGCCACGCGAACGCUGGCACCACGGCGUCGCCUACGGAACCACACCAUCAGGGCAGGUUGGCCUCGGCACACCCGGAGGCGCCUGCCUUGCGAGCGCCCCCUAGUGGCGGCCUUGGACCCGUGCUCCCCGUGGUCACUUCCGCUUCCAAACUCUCACCACCUCUGCUGUCCUCCGUGGCCUCGCUGUCCGCCUUCCCCUUCUCCUUUGGCUCCUUCCACUUACUCUCUCCCAAUGCACUGAGCCCUUCGGCGCCCACGCAGGCGGCAAACCUUGGCAAGCCCUAUAGACCGUGGGGGACGGAGAUUGGAGCCUUUUAAAGAACUGAUGCUGUAGGAUGAGGGAGGGGAUAACUUAAAAUCCCAGCUGAGCUGGACUGUGUUGCCAACAUCACCUUAAAGUCGUCAGUAAGAAUAAAAAGGAAAAAGGUACACUUUCAGAUAGUUUUUUUUUUUUUUUUUUUGAAAGACUAAAGGUUUGUUGGUUUACUUUUUUCUUUUUUUAUAUCGGGUAUUAGCAGUUUUAAAGAACUAGUUGUUGAUUUUUGCUUAAAACAUUAAAUUGAGAUAGUAUAAACCAACACUUUGUGACAGGUCUAUACUAUGCCUAAUUUACUUUGUACACUUCUAAGAGUGAUUCCAUUUUGCCCCCAAGUUUUGGGAAUCAUAACAUUUAGUGUUUCUGGUCUUUUUCUCCUUGUGUAAUUGUGGUCUGUUUUUAGAAUUAAUUUUCCAAACCACUAUGCUCAAUGUAACAUGAUUCUGUUUGUUAAUAUUUUGACAGAUUAAGGUGUUGUAUAAGUAAAUAUUCUUUGGGGGGUGAGCUAUAUUGAAUUUAUGUUUCCAAACAAAGCGUUGACAAAUCAGAUGAUCAGCUUUAUCCAAGAAAUCAGUCAGUAAUUCUCUGCCUUCUACAAACUACUGGUGGCCCAGAAUGCACAUGACCGACUUCUAUUGUCUGCCAACUUCUUGCUGUCUGGCAUUCAGGGCUUAGGAGAUACCCACUGGUAGUGUAGGUCCCAAUUUGGAGCACUGGGCAGGAAUGAAGAUGAUUGCGUUGAAUAUGCGUGCAUUUACUAGUCCCAAGCAGUGCAAUGAAUGUUUAAUCCCACAUCUCAAAUUCACAAGUGUUAACCUGGAUAAGUGAUCAUGCAAGAGGCCAAUUGAAUAGUACGGUGGAACCUGUUAAAUGCAUAAUCUAAUUUUCCUGGAUAUGCCAGAUUUUUUUAAUUGGAGGUUUGUAUGUUGUGUUUUCCUUUUGGUGCAUGGAAAUGUGGUUGUUGAGGUAUUUCAAAUGGCUUUGUUGCCUGCUUCUCUUUGGUUGCUUUAAUUUGGUUGAGGCUCUAAAAAUACCAUUUUUCAGGUUUAUUCCUUUAGCAGGUGUAGUUUCAGUGACCUCCACUGAACUAGGUUUGACCUCUGUUGUACUGAUGUGUUGUGACUAAAUAAAAAAGAACAAAGUAUUCUGCUAUAUGUGUCUCAGACCUUGGCCUUUCCCUCUGUUGACUGAGAAAAGCUAAGUUUUCUUUCCCUUGCAUUCUGUGUGAUGACCAGUUUUCAUACAUUUACCAGUUUCAUUAUUCUCGGACUUCUAACCUGUGAUUCGUGCUUUUGAAUAAAGUGACUUCAUUACAGGGGGGCCUCCUACAAAGCGACACAGCCCUCUCUCUGCUGUUAAGUCAGCCAGUCUGGUUCUAACCUGGCCAUCUGUGAACUAGGAAUGCUUAAAUCAGACUGGGAAUUGCAGGGUGGGAAAGAAAUCUAAAAUCUUUAAAACCUGUGUGGAUCACUUCACAAGUAGCUGCUGAGAGCUGUGUGCUUAGUUAUGUGCUGAGAGCGUAGAAAGUGCACUUAAGUGACAAAACAAAUGCUGUGGAAUCCGGCCCCCGCGAAAUCUCGCUGGGGAAUUUGUCGUGAUGAGCAGUGGCAAGCUGUAAUUCCGCACCUGCACAGCUCCAGGAGGCUUCUGUCCUCCUGUUUCCAAGGAAUUUGCUUAACCCUUUGGUUGCACUGGGUGCCUGAACAGUGUCUGAGGAAGCAGCCGUGUGCUUUAGGUUAGAUUGGAGUUCUGCCAGAGCAGAGGCAGUUGUCUGGGCCUCGGGGGACAGCAGUGCCUUCCAGUGCCUUAAAAGUAGUCCUGCCAAUUAAGGUGCUCCAGAGGAGUUCUUGAUCCUGAGCGGGAGGGCGAGGAGAGAAAGCCCUGGCAGAUGACAAACGGGAGCCUGCCUUUUCUGAGCUCUCUCUCACAGCUCACGAUAAAACAAAGGCAAGGUGGCAAGACGAAUUUCGACUUCUGGGUUCCUGAAAAGGCUGGGAGUCUGGCAGGUGGGUUUUAAGCCCAGGUUCCCAUUAGGGUUGUGCUGUGUUGCUCAGAUGCUGGUCCCUCUUGUGACACACAGCUCUAUUCUCUGCACUGCCUGUGCCUCAUGGACACUGCCUAUCAUCAGGCAGUGAUGGAAAGGACCCUAUAAUUUCUGCCAAGUGUCAGGUUAGUUUACAACCUUGAUUUCCAGUGGUGCUGCAGCACUAUUGAACAUCACUGUGCGUUGGCUGUUUAGACUUGUGUUGUUUCUGAGGUUUAGAUGGCUGCUGAGGUCAUUUGCAGGCUCUGUCUGAAGAGCUGUGGAACUGUAAAGCUUGUAGGAUGCCCCACUCAUCACAUUAAUGUGGCUAUGCCAUGAUUUGGGGGGGCACGAGUACUUUUUAUAUGUCGUACCUAAUUUUCCAGAUUACAUACGUUUCCAAAGAAAUAUUCUGGCUUCUUUUCAAACUAUUCAAGGUGACAGGUUUUCUGAGAACAGUACAGGUAGAGUUUUAGCAUCUUGGGAAGCAGGAUUGAAUUACAACAUGAGCUGUAAUAUGUAUAGAAAGUUAAUGCAAGGAUGUUGUCAUUUCUAUUUUAGAUUGAUACAGUCAUAAAAAAUACUAGCAUACGUUAGCAUUAUGUAUGUUUAUAAUACACCUGCCUGUAUAAAAAAUUUUUUUCAGAUGAACUAUAAAUUUCCUUCUGACAAAAAUAGUUUCAUGGGAUAUGAAGACUCUCGAAAGAUCUUAAAUCUGCUUAUUUUCAAAGUGUAUUAAAAUGAAUUGACAAAGUGAAAGAUGAGCAAAGUCUUGCAUUAAACGUUUCUAAGAGAAAAAUCCAAGAAAUGUAGUUUCUCACUUACUCAGUUUGGCUAA